CAACAACAACAACAACAACAACAGCAUAGCACCCGCCGUUUAAUUAGUAGCUCAAUAAAUGCUGCGCCGGCUAUGAUGAUGAUGACUACACAAUCAUCAUCAGCAGCAGCAGCAGCGGCUCCGGGAGGAGUAGGAGGAGUAGUAGUAGGAGUAGGACCAGUAGUAUCAGUAGUAAAGUCGUCGCCGGCUAAGACACCAGUCAUAAAGUCAAGCCAUCAUAAAGUUUUGACGACUACUACUACUACUACUACUACUACACCAAAUCGUUUGUCAAAGGGAUCGACAACAACCCCAACAACAACAGGAAAGUUACCGAAAUUUGCCGACGACUUGGACUCGAUGGUGGCCUCAGAAACCGAAAGCAGUAUCAACUGUUACGCCUCGUCGUCGGUCAAUACGGUUAUUACCAAAAGAGUGAUACAAACUAAACAACAACACCAACACCAGGGACUGGUAGGACUGGCAGGGGGUGGAGUAGCAAUGGGAACAGUAUGUGCAGCUGCUGCUGCUGUCGACACUGUUACCAUCAGCAAUGGUCAGCAUCAGCAGCAGCAACAACAACAACACUGUCACGAGUCGCCUAUAAAACAACGACAUUACCAUAUGAAUGGUGGUGGUAGUGGUGGUGGUGGUGUAGUACAGCCUAUUAAUACUUCUACUACUACUACUACAACUACUGGUGCCAACAAUACAUUAAAAAAGUCAGCAAAAAAACAUCAGCAAACAUCCGCUAGUGAUAUGAUUAUCAAUGGCUUCACCACUACUACAACUGCUACUACUUGUGAUAGUCCUAAACGUGUUGGUGUUGUUGUUGUCAAUGAUAAGUCAAUUAGCAGCCAUAAAAAGUCGUCGGACGGCACCGGUAGCCGAAAACAGCAGCAACAACAACAACAACAACAACAGCAAGAGAUUUGGGUGGACGGACCGCCACCACCGCCUACUACCAGACAGCAUCGUAGUCGACGUAGGCGAGACUCACAUCACUCACAUCGACACCACUCCCAUCAUCAUCAUCAUCGGAAACCUGUCAAGUGGUCGCAGGAACUGUGGAUCGACGGGCCGAAUGCCGAAUUUGAGACCCAAACGGGUCGGGAGGUAUGGGAACAGCAGCUGUGCUAUCACGAAGAAAAACGUCGGCGAGUUAUCCAAUGGAUACAACAACAGCACAGCAAACAACAACAACAACUACAACAACAUCAUUGGACAUCAGUUAACAGUCCAGUGGACAGUAGUGUUAAGACAACAACGACAACUAUGCCUAAUAAUAGUGACUAUUGGCGCCUGAAUGCAGCCAAACAGCAACAACAACAACAACAGUGUCGCCAAAAGUCGUUGUCGUUGACGAUGACGACUACCGAUCUGGAAGUGUCGGACGUCAGCUGUCAGACAGAUAGGGCUGCGAUGGCGGCCAACAACAACAGUGCGUCCAAUGUUAAUACCGCCGACGGCGGUGGUAGUGAUGGUGGUUGUGGUGGUGUUAGAGCUAUUGCCGACGACACUAAUGAUUGUGAUAUCAUUUUUGAGGAUCCGCUGCGCAUACUAAGUGUUGUCACCGGAGGAAUAGGAGGCGAUGGCACUGACCUGAUCCAUAUGGAUAGGUUAGGUCGGGAAGUGAUGAGCGAUUGCUGUGAUAUCGAGUACUGUACUAAUAAUAAUCAUAAUAAUAAUAAUGGCAGCAUAGGUGGCGGUACCGUUACCGACACUGAUCAGGAGGACUGUUACAGCGAACCGAUUGCCGAACCGCCCAAACAGCUCAAACUGGAACAGUUUCUCCAGAAGCUGACCACUAUUACGAUGCCUCGCAAUCAAACUACUACUACUACUACUCAUAGUCGUAACCCGUCGGCCACUUUAGGCCACUAUAGAAAAGCUGUGGCCAUUACGCCCACGCAUACGGAUAACAAUUAUCGAUCGCUUAGGCAUCCGGACGGUGCCAGCAAUCAUGAUCUCAGUCUAAGCGAUUGGGAUCUACUAAAUGGCAACGAAUUUAUCGAUUAUUCUGUGUUUUCAUUUGCCAAUAAUAAUAAUAAUAAUAAUAACGAAAACGCUGUCAAAUCGCCGACAACGACGACCAUCAAUGGCGUCAAACAGUUGUCGUCGUCGUCGCCAUUAUCGCCACCACUGCCACCACCACCGCCUUCGGCGGCGGUAAUAUCGUCGCCAAACGAGCCGCUGUUUGUCACAUUGUUGCCGCCAAAUCAGGCCGUACUGCCGACAUCGCCGCGUGUUAACCGCUUGUUGGGCACCAAUACGGCAUCGAUGGCCACAGCAGCAGCAGCCGCUGUCGCCGCACAGUCUGUCCACAGUAGUCCGGCCAAGUCGUCAGUAAGUCGCAAACAAAAACAAUUGGAGCAACAAAUGAAACGCAACACAACGUCGACCACUACAUCGGGUCACGGAACCAAUUCGGAGGGCGAGUGUUCAUCGGUGGCCAAAAAGACAACAACAUCAUCGUCAACAACGACUACUACGACUACCGGUUCGUCGUCGCCGCCGAGCUUUAAUAGCGGUGGUAGUGGAAGUGGUCAGGGAUGUGGUGGAGGCGGCGGCGGUGGUGGUGGUGGUCUUGUUCAGCGGCAGCCGGCCUCCAGCGGCUACGAUAGUACCGUUCACGACGAUGACAGUGACCGCGAAUUGGUCGGUGCUGUUGGCCGUAAACUGGCAAUCAAAGAGUCUACCGGCGGCUGCGGCGGCGGCGGCGGUACACCAGUUAAGAUGCGUUCAUCGAAAAACAAAAAACAGUCUAUAAUUGUUGCCAACGGUGUUGUUAUUGGCGGCGACACCAUCACCGAUGACGGCGGCCUUAAACGGCUGUCCACACAAUCAUCAGAUCGCUGUUCAUUCAUGUGCUGUAAAUUCAUGAGAUUUUAUCAUUAA